AUGUCAAAUUUGUUAAACAUUAAUAUUGGUGGUAAGGGACGAGGAGAAAAUACUACCAAUACUACCAAUACUACCAAUACUACCAAUACUACUACUGCUACUACUACUAGUACAACAAAUAAUGUAACAUCACCACCACAACCAAGUGUAACUAGUGUUGUAAAUCCAAUCCUUACUCAAUUGUUUAGAGCACCAGGAAGAGUUGCUUCAGCACAACACUUGGAACCACAAGUCUUUUCCAUGCGUGGUUACUAUGCCAAUCGACUUUUUGGAAAGGAAAAGGCUGUAAAGAAAGCUGCCAAACAAGCUGCCAAGGAUGCACUAGCCAAGUUGAAUCUCCAGGCUCCACCAAAGGUAAAACCACAACAUUGUCAAAAGAAGGCAUCUGACCUCAACAUUGGUGUCAUCGGUGCAGGUAUGUCUGGUCUCUACACUGGCAUGAUCCUCGAUGAACUUGGAAUCAAGUAUCAAAUUCUUGAAAGUAAUCCAACCAGAAUUGGUGGUAGAAUCUACACUUAUAAAUAUUCUGAUAAACCGUGGGAUUAUGUUGAUUUUGGUGCUAUGAGAUACCCAGAAAUACCAAUUAUGGAUCGUGUAAUUGGAAAACAACAUUGGAGUUUGUUUAACAAGUUGAAACAAAAGGGACAAGAGUUAAAGACUGAACCAUACCAUUUGUCAUCGGACAAUAACAUUGUCUAUUUCAACAACAAGCGAAUCUACUCUCAAGAUACAUUGGACAAGGAUCCACUCUUUUUCUCGGACAAGAACAACGGAGGACAUGGCACAGCAGUACCCGACGUGUUUGCCGAGCAGCCAUACUCAGACUGGUUAUACUUGGUCUAUGAUAAAUUCGCCAAGGACUUGGAAGAGGACUUUGACGCUGGUUUCCAAAAGUUGAUGGAGGCCGACAAGCAUUCGACUCGUAGCUACCUUGGCACGUUCGACGCACCCGAACAUCUCCACAUCAAGGGUGAGGUGAGCAAGGGAUACCCAGAGUCUGUCAUUUCGUGGUGUGAAACGAUGGAUUCGGCAUCUGGUCUCUACGACCAAGCCUUCUCAGAGUCAAUCAUUGACUACUUUGACUUUUCUGGCCAGUCGUGGAAGUGCAUUGACGGUGGAUCAGUCGCCAUGGUCGACGCCAUGCUCAAGGUGAUCAAGGGACCCGUCUACAAGGGUAAGCGAGUCACCAGAGUGGCACCCACUGCCGACAAGACACAGUUGACGGUCAAGGUUGCUGGAGACCCAGGCUCCAUCACCUACGACCACGUCAUCUCGACCGUGCCACUCUCCUGUCUCCGAAAGAUGGAUCUCAAAGAAUUGCAUCUCUCGCACAAGAAACGUGUUGCCAUCCGUACACUCCACUAUGACCAAUCUUGCAAGAUCGCCGUGCGUUUCGCCAAGAGAUGGUGGCAAGACGAUGUCGUUAUGAAGGGCAAGUCGUUCAAGGGUGGCAAGUCAUCCACUGAUCUGCCAUUGCGUACCGUCGUCUACCCAUCGUACGGUGUCAACGACCCCAAUGCCCCCGGUGUGCUCAUUGCCUCGUACACAUGGGCCCAAGACGCUGCUAGAAUCGGUGCCUUCCUCCCCGACAACAAGGCACAGUUGAUCGACCUCGUUUUUGCCAACUUGGCCGAGAUCCACAACCUCACCGAGGAGUUCCUCGUCUCUCAGCUCGGUGGCAUGUCCAAAGACCAAGCUGUUCAGGCAUGGGACUGGUACGAUGACGGCGACAGCAUGGGUGCCUUUGCCCUUUACGGCCCAGGCCAGUUCUCAUCGCUCUUUCCCUCGCUUGUCAAGCCCGAGGCUAACGGACUGUUCCAUCUCAGUGGUGAGGGUGCCUCUGUCCACCACGGUUGGGUUAUUGGUAGUCUCAGCUCGGCAUACCGUGCCGUUGACCAAAUCCUCGAACACAACGGUCUCUCUGACAAACGUAUCGAGUUGCGUGAAAAGUGGGGCACCAUCGAAGAGGCUGAUCAUCCCGAUGGAAACGUUCCACAACCCGAGCAAGCCCCAGGUCUCCGUGCCUUUAGUAUUGCCCAACACCCAGACCAACUCUCUGUCAAUGCAUCCGGUCUCUCUCAACCACUUUCCAAGAUUCAUCCACUUGGUUUCCUUCCACUUGGUCCAAGACAUGCUUCUUCAGUUGGUGGUUUCCUUUAUUAA